UACAUAAAAUGUCGACUACGCCUGAAGAGCGUUUCAAUUCUGAAGAGAGAGUGAAAGAUAUUAAGUUAAUAUACACUAAACAGAGGGCAUAUAGGAAUGAAGACGACGUGAAUAAUGGCGAUAUUAUUAUCAAAAUAUCGGGAGUGGCUUGCACAGAUUCUGAAGAAAUAAGACAUGACCCAGAAAAUUUGUCAAAUUCAUCGAAGAAUUGUAGCGCUACCAAAGUUGCAAAUAUAAAUCAAAGCGAAACUGAUGGAAGUUCAGAAAGUUUAAAAUCGGAGCUUUCGGCAGGAUCAAAAAUGGCUGUACUGAUCGGAUUUGUCUUAUUGUCAGCCCUUGUUAUUGCUGGUCUCAUAGCAUCAAUAGUCUUCAUGAAUAACUUGAAAACUUCAAGACAAACUCAAGACAGAGAUGAUUUCUGCGAAUACAAAUCUAAUCGGAAGUUAUGUUACUCCGUGGUUAUACAUCCCACUUUGAAUGUAAACUACACGAGUGCAGAAGAAAUAUGCAAAGUCCGUGACUCAAAAAUUGGAAUAAUAUUCAACGAGAAGAUAUAUUUUGGAGUAAUCAAUAUGCUGCGAUCUAAAAUUCCGUCUGGGAAAAGUUUGGUAUAUGCAUGGAUUGGAAUGAGAAUUAAUUCAAGAACUGGUGAUGUCGUUUUCCCAGAAACAAAUGUUUUCGUCGAAUGGAAAGGAACGUCGCCAAGCACGGGAGACCACGUUUCUACCUUCUCUAGCAUUUAUCUUACUGUGGUUAGAAACGUUUCUUAUGCCCAAGAUGGAAUGGUGAAUGGUCCUCCAAGAUACAAGUGGAAUGGCGUUGUUUGUCAAAGGAAAAAUGAAGACAUUACUUAGAAAUUUAGUUUCGAAAUAUGUAAAAUAGAUAUUAUCGAAGUAACAAGAACAGCGAAUUGAUUUACUAUGUCGGUCUUGGGGCUAUGAAUAAGAUUACGACACAGUAAAAUGGAUCCCUUCGU